AUGAUGGCAUCCUGUUCGCCUUUCAACAAGCACAUCUUCAUCAAUGGUGGUCCUCCGAGUGAAACGACCGGCAGUGAGAUCUCGUCGGUUGAGAGCGACUGGGGAGACCUGCGGUUGAUUGCGGCACAGCUGGGCGUAGCCAAUCCGGACGAUCUGCAUGUGGAACGGUUUAAAGUUGACCGCCAAAAGCUGGAGGAUAUGAUUAAAGUUGAAACGUAUUCAGAAGGAAUGAAUAGCGCAGAGGAAUUCUUCACGAACGUCAUGAAGGAAACCACCACCUACGUCAGCUGGCCAUGCCGGCUGAAAAUCGGCGCCAAAACCAAGAAGGAUCCGCACAUCCGGAUCGUGGGCAAAAUGGCCGAUGUGUUGAAAGCAAAGGACAGAGUGAUGGCACGUUUGGACUCUCGGGGGAGCCGCGUCAUUAUGAAAAUGGAUGUCUCGUAUACGGAUCACUCGUUCAUUAUCGGCCGCGGGGGAAACAACAUCAAGCGCAUUAUGGAGGAAACGGCGACCCACAUCCACUUCCCAGACUCGAACCGGUCGAAUCCCACGGAGAAGAGCAACCAGGUGUCGCUGUGCGGCAGCCUGGAGGGUGUCGAGCGGGCACGUGCGCUCGUUCGCAUCUCGACGCCACUGCUGAUCUCGUUCGAGCUGCCUAUCCUGGCCCCCGGCAAGACGCCACCGGACAACGAAACGCCGUACGUGAAAGAGGUCGAGAAGGAGUACAAUGUACAGGUGAUAUUCUCUACUCGGCCCAAAUUGCACUCAUCGCUCGUGCUGGUCAAGGGGUCCGAAAAAGAGGAACUGAAGGUGAAGGAAGCCACCCGCCGGCUGAUGGAUUUGAUGUGCGAGAACAUUGCGAGCCAGAUUCCCGUGCAGAUGCAGCUGGAAAUUUCAACCCAACAUCAUCCGAUUGUGCUUGGCCGGGCUUCCAGCAAUUUGCGAGAAAUUAUGAGCAGAACCGGAACUCAGAUAAUGUUCCCGGAUGCGAACGACGUAAACAUAAAGCCAAUCAAGCGUUCCCAGGUGACUAUUACCGGCACGAUCGACGGUGUUUAUCUGGCAAGACAGCAAUUACUGGGCAGCCUCCCGAUUGCAUUGAUAUUCGACUAUCCGGAGAAUACGGUCGACUCGGAGGAGAUUAGCAAGCUGAUGUUUGCGCACGACGUUUUCAUAUCGGUACGGCAAAAGUCCCGCCAGAGCACCCUCUGCAUCGUCAUCAAAGGAAUCGAGAAAUUUAUCUCCAACAUUUACGAAGCUCGCUAUAAUCUGCUUAAAUGCACUGGUCCGAAGGUGAUUGUGGACAUACCACGCUCCUAUUUAGGACCGAACGAACAGGCAAAAAAUUCUCAGAAUGUAUCGCAAAUGUUGGCCGGUCCAGUUCCGCAACCAUAUUCUCCUUUAUCACCUAUCAAUCCCAUGCCAUUUGUCAGCGCAUGGACAUCUCCAACGCCAGCACCUGAAUUUACUCUUAAUCAAAUUCGCAAUCAAUUACAAAACUUUCAUAUGGGACCAUCCAAAUUGCCUCCACUGUCCGUUCCACCAGGAUUGGGGAACUUUACCGGUGCUGUGAAGUCUCAACUAUCGAUGAAUCCAACAAUUGGUCAAACACAUUUACAAGUUCCGGGUGCACACCAGCACCUGUCGCUCAGCAAUCGCAGUUCAAACAGCUCUUGCCAGAAUACCAGCAACAGUAGUGCCAGCGGUGAUCACUCCAGUGGAUACCAUAGUUUGAAUUGUAGCAACAGCUCCCUGGAGCAGCUGCAUGUUCCAGGUACCGGUUCGACUAGUGGGUCACUGGUAAACAGUUCCUCCGAUAGCAGCGGAGUUGUCUUGAACCGAAGCCGCCACAUGAGCUAUAAUGACAGUCCCCAGCUCCAGGCGGAUUAUGGUGACCAGCGGACGCCGAUGCCCUACGAGCAGAAGAGCACACUUACCGAUUCUUUCGUGUUCAAUUUUGACCCACGCGUCGUCGCCGGCUAUAAAGCAAUGCACCUGGCGCCUCAGCACGGCGAGCUGCGUACUCCGACACCGUCCUGGCAGGGGCUCGGUAUCAGCCAGACCUCGCCGGUGCCGAUGGAAGCGUGCAACCUAAGCUGGGGCAGCAGCAGCGGAAGCAGUGGCGGUGGCGGUGCUGCCGGCGGCGAUUCACGCCUCAACAUGACUACCACGAUGAUCGAUGUCACUCCGAUGCGCCAACGUGAGCAGCUAUCGCAGUACAAUGACGUUACCUCCAUACUGACCAACCUGGGCUUGGAACAUUAUAUCAAGAACUUCAUCAAUGGUGAAAUUGACAUGACCGUAUUCCAAACGCUCACCGACCAGGACUUGCUAAAUCUGGAAAUCAAACCACUCGGGGCACGUCGCAAGAUUUUGAUGGCCAUCCAUGACCUAUACACACGUCACCACGGCAAUCCAUUCGCCAACAUGUCACCGGCGUCUUCGUCAUCAUCAAUGUCACGUUUUUCGGGUUCGGCCGCACCUGGCGCGGAGCGGCGUACCUCCAGCGGUCAAUAG